AUGGCCAACCGACCGCCUCCACCACCGCUGCCGACCAACAUGGAGAUGGAGAUGGACAUGAACAUGAACAUGAACAUGAACAGCAUGGGUCUCAACAACAAUUCGCUCUACUACACCAACCCCGAGGAUCUCCCAGCGUCUGGAUCCAUAGGUGUUGGUGGUGUAGGCGUAGGCGUCGGCGGCGUCGGUGUAGGUAUGAGCGCCCUAGCUGCCCCUCAGGUAUGUCAAGUCAGAGCAUUACCUCACAUCACCUCACAUCACGGUCAAGUUACUCGUACGGUCCUCGAGUACCGCAGCGGUGCAUGCGCAUCCGCCCCCAAUCGUACUCUGAUCAAAGGACCAUCUAACACCCCCUCUCCCAUCAGGGCGCGCCCAACCGCCAUGAUACCUCGAUGACGGGCAUGCUCGAAGAUGGUCUGUUGGACACUUUCGAUGGACUUCCAGUGGAGGGCAUGACGCUGGAUGUCAACACUCUUGAUGGGUCCGCCGCACAAAACCCCUCCGCCUCGCACAACCCCGCCUCGGCCAUGUCCAGGUGCUCGCCCGAUGAGAUGGAACCACAGGACGAGAAUGACAUUGAGAACGAGCAGAACAAGCCCGACCAGCUAUCCGCCGACAAACAGCUCGGCGUGGCGGGCGCCGGUCCUUUGCCUACCGGAUUUGGAGUGCAGUCGGCCAUCGGGGGAGGUAGCACGCUGACGGAAUUCACAAAAAGGCGAAAUUGGUCACAGAGAGUGGUGGAGGAGCUCAAGGACUUUCUCCAUAUCCUGACGCCCGACGGUCGAAUCGUCUACCUCUCACCCAGUGGAACGCCACUGACCGGAUUCGCCUCGGAGGAGUUGGUGGGAAAGUUCAUUGUGGAUUAUAUACACCCUGACGAUAGUGGCAUUUUCGUUCGUGAGUUUAACGAGUCGAUUGCCAGUGGAAAUCCUUUGCGAUUCUUCUAUCGUUUUCGGAAGAAAGAUGGCACCUACACCAUCUUUGAAUCGCACGGGCACCCACAUCUCACAUCAAAAGCGGCAAUAUUUGGACCAGCGAGUGCCGCUGGGUUUUGCAAAGGUUUCUUCAUGAUGGCUCGACCUUAUCCCACCAAGAAUGCGGCACUCCUCGAUUCCUUUCUCGAACACAAGAUUGAAAAUGCUCGUCUGACCAAGCGUAUUGAAGAUUUGAAGAGGGAAGAACAAGAAGAAUUGGAAGGUUCCCAGCAGUCGUGGAGCAAGAGAGAUGGCCAAAAGGAAAAUCAGUCGGAAGAAACCGAUACAGCUGCAGGCACCUCAGUGACCUCGAUGCCACUACACUCGUCUAAUCCAGAUGCCAGAGCAAUGCCCCCGCCGGCGAAACCUGGCCUAAACAUUGCCUUGACCCGUCAGAAUCUGGAAGAUGCAAAUGCAAGUAACAAAGCAGAUUCGAUCGGAGAUAAAAUGGCCAGAUACGAAGGAGUUACUCAUAUCGAGACGAUUGAAAUGCUGACAGGUUUGAGAUAUCAAGAUGGUGAACGAAGUCAGGGUAUUAGUACUGGCGAUCAAAGUCCGGCUCUCAUCCGAGGCGAUGCAGGUAUUGCCAUUGCAGCCGAUAAAGAAGCCAGAGCAAACGAUAAGAGGAAGAAAAUCAAACUUCCUGAUGAAUAUGUGUGUACGGAUUGUGGUGAGUUUGGUCAUCAUCUUUUCACUUUAUAUAGUCAGUCAUCUGACGUUUCCAAGGCACACUCGAUUCGCCUGAAUGGCGAAAGGGCCCAAGUGGACCAAAGACUCUUUGCAAUGCGUGUGGACUUCGAUGGGCAAAAAAGGAGAAGAAGGGAAAACCCAAUCCCCAGCCUCCCGGUGCCCCUACGAUGGGUGCGACGAAUGGCAAUGGUUAAAUUUGCAACGUUGUUACAAUUGUUCUUCUGGCAGCAGUCUUUCGGUGGCGUAUGUGGGGAUUGGGAAGGAAGGCGCUUGUAAGGUUCGAUGACGAGGUUUUUUUUGGUGUUUAGAAAGGGGGGCAAAACUCUAUACCCGG